AUGACAGAUAACAUGAGUGAAAACCACUGGAUGACCAAUGGUAAUAUGGCGACGAUCGACAAAUUAUUCCAGCCGAUUUACAAGAAAAGCGAUCACACGGGAAAUAAAGUGACCGUGGUCGGUGUGGGCCAAGUCGGCAUGGCAGCGGUCUUCUCAAUGCUCACGCAGGGUGUGACCAACAACAUUGCGUUGGUGGACGUGAUGGAAGACAAAUUAAAGGGUGAAAUGAUGGACUUGCAACACGGCUCCGCCUUCAUGAGAAACUCCAAGAUCCAAGCCAGCACAGAUUAUGCGAUAUCCGCCGAUUCUAAAAUUUGCGUGGUUACUGCUGGAGUGAGGCAACGUGAGGGAGAAUCCCGCUUGGACCUCGUACAGCGGAACACCGAUAUAUUGAAGAUUAUUAUCCCGAAGCUGGUUAAAUACAGCCCGGAUGCGGUCUUUAUAAUCGCAAGCAACCCUGUGGACAUACUGACGUACGUCACGUGGCGUAUCAGCGGCCUACCCAAGCACCGCGUAAUCGGCUCGGGAACGAAUCUGGACUCUGCUCGUUUCCGAUACUUACUGUCGGAGAAGCUCGGUAUCGCGACCACUUCCUGCCAUGGUUACAUCAUCGGCGAGCAUGGAGAUAGCAGUGUGCCGGUAUGGUCCGGAGUGAACAUCGCAGGCGUGAGACUGAGUGAUUUGAACUCAAAGAUAGGAAGUGAGGAAGAUCCUGAACAGUGGCGUCAAAUGCACGAAAUGGUGGUCAAGAGCGCGUACGAGGUCAUCAAGCUGAAGGGUUACACCUCCUGGGCUAUUGGACUAUCGCUCUCGCAACUCGCCAGGGCUAUCUUGUCCGAUGCGAGCAGCGUGCAUCCCGUGUCUACAUAUCUAAAGGGCUUGCAUGGUAUCGAACAUGACGUGUUCCUGUCUUUACCCUGCGUACUGGGUCAUUGCGGAAUCUCCGAUGUGAUCUGCCAGCCACUAACCGAUAAGGAACUGGCUCAACUACGCAAGUCAGCUGAGCUCAUGGCGCAAGUGCAAGCCGGCAUUAAGUUUUAA